UAGAUUCUCUCCUGCGGCUCGGUUGUUGUGGCUCGCGUGGAAUUGGAAGAGAAAGAUUUUAGAAGUUACAGUUCCCUGUGGAUUAAAUACAAAAAGGGAAAUAAGGAAUUUAAGGGACUGUGACACUUGUAGAGGACUUUUCCAGGAUUUCUAAGGCGAGUUUUGUCAGGAAGUCGUCAGCUUUUUUGGACCUGGCAUGCAGUCAUGGGUCGGUUGUCACAGGGCGUGUUUGGUUGAGAAAUCGCUGUCAACAGCUCACAUACUUUUAAUGAACGGCGGAUUGGCCGUGUCCUGCUGAUGGACCCGGACACUCAAUGGCUGUAUCAACUCCUGGCGGACGUGCAGCUGGAGAAGUUCUAUCUGCGUGUCAGAGACGGCCUCAACAUCACGCGGGUUGAGCACUUCGCCUACGUCAAGGAGGCCGACCUGGAGCAGGUCGGGAUCAGCAAACCGGCACAAAGACGAUUAUGGGAUGCACUAAAACGCCACAAGACCUCACAAAGCUCGCGGCCGUGGAUGCCAAAGGGGUCGAGCGGACGAUGUCCAGAUGGAGGGGAGCAGUGGAGCAGUGGUGGUCCCGCCCAAAACCAGGAAGGCAGUAGCCGGGCCCUGCCCAGUUUAAUCCAGGAUAAUGAGCUGGUUCUGGGGGAGAAAUUGGGCUCCGGGUCCUUUGGUGUGGUGAAAAGGGGACAGUGGCAUACACCCACCGGAAGAGUCCUUCCUGUGGCGGUAAAGUCGCUACGGAGCAGCAUGUGCAAGCAGACGGAAACGCUAACAGACUUCCUGUUAGAAGUGACGACCAUGCAGUCGCUGGACCACCCCCACAUUAUACGACUGUACGGGGUCGUGCUCACCCAGCCCCUCAAAAUGGUAACAGAGCUGGCCCCCCUGGGUUCCCUAUACGACAUGCUACGCUUGCGUCAGUUCGAGUACCCGCUGGUGCGUUUGUGGCUCUUUGCCACCCAAAUUGCGGCAGGUAUGGACUACCUGGAGACCCGCCGCUUCAUUCAUAGGGACCUGGCGGCCAGGAAUGUUUUGUUGGCUUCCAAAGAAAUGGUCAAGAUUGGGGAUUUUGGCCUGAUGAGGGGCCUGAGUCAAGACGCAGACCACUACGUCAUGUCAGCGCAUAGGCGGAUCCCAUUCGCAUGGUGCGCUCCUGAGAGUCUCCGUGUGGGGUCCUUCUCUCAUUCCUCUGAUGUGUGGAUGUUUGGCGUGACCCUUUGGGAAAUGUUCACGUACUGUGAAGAGCCUUGGUUCGGUCUGUCAGGAAAACAAAUCCUGUGGCGUGUGGAACGGGAGGGGGAGCGCUUGGAAAAACCGCCGGAUUGUCCCCAGGAGAUGUAUGGCAUCAUGAGGAAGUGCUGGCCGUGCAACCCGGCGGACCGGCCCACCUUUGCUCAGCUUAUUACCAUGGUGGCAGAGGCUAAACCGAUGGAAGUCCAAGCCACAAGGGAGUUUGCAGAACCCAGGAAACUUGCGCUCCUGCCUCAUGAUCUUGUGACCGUCGUAGAACAUGGCCUGGAGCUCAGCGAGUGGCGGGGGCAGAACCAGAGGACGCUAAAUGUCGGAUGGUUCCCUCCGAGCCUCAUUGUACCGCCGACUCCUGCGGCUUCUGCAGUCGGCGCCCCGUCUACUGCCUCCAGCAACCCAGGACCUGUGAACUACAUCUCCCCUCCGGUGAAGGGUAGUCUGCAGCACACCGCUCACGGGGACAUCCAUCCGGAUCGUAGCUGGGGGACACCUGAGAACCUGGAAGACACCGGGGGCAGCUUCAGGCAAGGCACCACCAGGGAGAAGGAGGGAUCAAAUCUGCAGAAAAUGUCAGGAUUUUCCCGAAGCCUGGAAUCGGUCUUAAGUGGCCACCAGUCACGGUCCCAACCGGUAGGUCCGCCCAAAGUGGACCACCAGGGCCGGCCCCCGGUGGGGGCGGCUCGCAGCGUGGUGGUGCAGCAAGACCACCGCCGCCUCAGCGAAGCCAGCAUCCAAGCUCCUCCUCGACCGCCGCCCCCCAAUUUCAAGCGUUUCAACUGGAAGGCACAGAGGCGGCCAACUGUCCACCCGCCCCUCUCGGGUUCCUCUUGGCUUCCUCAGGUGGUGCUGGUCGCCUCCUCUUCUUCGGCGCCGCCGCCUCUACCUCAAUACCCACCCCCGCCUGUGGUCGGAAGCACCAACCUGGCCAAAAUGUCCCACAUGGCACGGUCCACCCCGCAGCUGGACGACCAAGUGGACGGCAGAGAACGGGUGAGAGAGCGGGAGAAGCCGUCUUACGCCCAGUAUACCCGGGACAACCUCAUCUCGCAGGUUAUGGACGCCGUUCACGGAGUAACCAUUGAAGAAGUUCGAAAUGCGCUACAACGUACUGAAUGGAACCCGCUGCGAGCUGAACAGCAACUCAAGUUGGAGCAACUGUACUCGCUGAGUCUCUGCUCCAGGGAGGACUGCCUGAGGAUCCUCUCCAGGUACCAGUGGAACCUUCAGCUGGCCAGCCGCUACCUGAUCCGAUGGUCACGAGAAGACCGAUCCGCUUCCGGAGAGAGGGAUCGAACGACAGUUAUCUCGGAGAAACGAGUGUAAAAACGAGACAGAAAAAGUUGUGCCAUUGAAGAAAAACAACAGGAAGAUGGACGACGCCAAUGUCAUGGGACAGUUUUAUAAAGACGCUACUUUUUUUUACACUGUUGACUCGCUACAUUGUAAAUGUACAACAUUCUUGCAAAAUGACAACAUGUAGUAAAGUUCUGAAAUAUGCUUGUAAAAUGACGACAUGUUCUACUACAUGCUUGACGACAUGUCUUGCAAGCGUACGACGCUAUACUACAUAUUCUUGUCAAAUUAACAUUCUAUGUGACAUUCUUGUAGAAUUCCGACAUAUUCCACAACAGGGAUCCCUAAUGACUGGGCCGCAGGAAGCUUUCAGGUGCAAUGAUAAAUAAAAAAAAUAUAUACUUGUAAAUAACUACCGUACAUAACAUUUUAUGUAAAUGCAUAUCAAUAUCAGAAAUGAGGGCCAUUGUUUUAUUUAAAAAAUAAUGUAGAGUUACAAAUCCCAUAGUUUUGUCAUUUAUAUGUUGUUUGUUGCAAGCGGCGACCCGUCCCACUUUGUUUGACGGUCCCCGAACGCACCAUUGUGCGUGCGCUAACUUUCUCCCAUACCGCACAAGCCGUCAGAAAAGGUUGGGGACCGCUGUUCUCCAACAUACAGUAUUGUUGUAAAUUUACAAGGCAUUCUACGACGUGUUCGUGUGAAAUUACGACGUUCUACGGCACGUUUUUGUGAAAUGAUGAUAUUCCGCGACAUAUUCUUGUAAAACUACGACAUACUGUCUUGUGUUUUUAAAUUAUCGAGACAUAUUCGACAUAUUCGACACAUUCUUGUAAAAUUCGGACAUAUUGCUUACAACACAUUGUUGUAAAAUUGACAUUCUACGACACAUUUGUGAAAUUACGACGCUCUAGUACAUAUUCUUGUGGAAUUACAACAUCUUUGGCACAUUAUUGUAAAAUUCUGGCAUUCUACAUAUUCUACACAAAUUAGGACACAUUCUGUGACAUAUUCUUGUGAAAUUACGACCUUGCACCCCACUUUCUUGUAAAAUUACGAUAUUCUACCACAUAUUGUUGUAUCAUGAUGACAUUCUACGACACAUUUGUGAAAUUACGACGCUCUAGUACAUAUUCUUGUGGAAUUACAACAUCUUUGGCACAUUAUUGUACUGUAAAAUUCUGGCAUUCUACAUAUUCUACACAAAUUAGGACACAUUCUGUGACAUAUUCUUGUGAAAUUACGACCUUGCACCCCACUUUCUUGUAAAAUUACGAUAUUCUACCACAUAUUGUUGUAUCAUGAUGACAUUCUAUGACACAUUUUUGUGAAAUUACCAUUUGUGGCCAUUUGUGGCUCGAGGCUGUUUUUCUAUUGGCCCAGUGGUGCACAUUCUAAAAAUACAAUUUAACAAGAAAAGUACAAAAACAACAGCAAAAAUAGAAAAAUCAGUAGUAAUCGUAAAAAUAAAUAAAGGCAAAAUAUUAAAGAGAAAAAAGUUGUAAACUAACCAGAAAAGUCAUCAUUUUAUUAUGUAUAUUAUAUUAUAUAUAUUAUAUAUAAUAACAUCAUAUUAUGAGGAAAAAAUAAUGUCAUUUUAGUAGCACCACAAAGAAAAAUACAUUUCUUUUAAAAAGUCGUAAUAUGAUAAGAAACAAAUAAAGUUGUCAUUUUUGGAAAACUAGCCUGGGGAAAAAGGUAUAAUAUGGGAAUAAAAUCUAACUAUUAUGGAAAUAAAUACAAAAUAUUACGGGAAUAAAGUCCUAAUAUUACAAGAAGAAAAUUGACAAGAAAGUUGAAAUAUUUGGAAAAAAAUCAACAGCAAAAAAUGGAAAAGUCAGCAGUAAUUUUACAAGAAUAAGUCAAAAUAUUACAUCGUAUUCUAACAAGAAAAAUGUACAAUUUUACGAGAAUAAACUUGUAAAAUUAUGAGAAAAAUAAUGUCAUUUUAGUAGCACACAGAAAAAAAUGUUUCAAAAGUUGUAAUAUAAGAAAGUGUUAAUUUUUGCAAAAUCAGGUUGGGCAAAAGUUAUAAUAUGGGAAUAAAGUCAUAAUAUUACAAGACGGACAUUUACAAUAAAGUUUAAGUAUUUGGACAUUUAUUUAUUUAUUAUUACAUUUUUAUUUUUUUAUAUUUAGAAAUUUCAAACAACAGCAAAAAUGGAAAAAUCUGCAGUAAUUUUACAAGAAUAAAAUCAAAAUAUUAAGAGGAAAAAGGCAUAUUCUUACAAGACUUUUUCAUGUGAAUAAACUCGUAAUAUGAGGAAAAAACAUAAUUUAUUAUAGAGUACAAAAAUUCAAGAAAAAAUUGUGUUUUUUUUAACACUGUCCUGCUCACAAGUCUGUGAGAAUAAGGUAACUAGUUAAACAAGCUGAAUAACAACACGUGUUACUCGUGGUGUUUUUUUAAAAGAAAGCACUAAAAAAAAAAAAAAACAUCACACAGCAACGUAAUAGGUAGAUAACAAUCAGACAAGACACUACCAACGAAUAAUGCAAAAUAACCGACAACUAUGUGAGCUCUACAAAUGUAACUCAGCGGCCAUUUAC